UCUGUUCGAAGUGAAACAUAAAAAUUUAUAUGUCCGUUUUAAGUGUGGAACCGCCUUUCCUUCAUAACUUCCGACUAUUGUAUAUGCCGUUAUCUUGUGAAAGAACCAAAUAGGGGAAUACCAGUUUUGUUUUGGAUAACCGCACCAUGUCUGCGCAUUGGAUCUUUAUCGGCUUAAAUAUCACAAAUCUGCAUCAGCAAACGAUCAUACUAAGUAUUCAGGGAGUAUGUUGUAUUUAGUGUUUGAAAAAAGUCUUAAGUAAUUAUGUAUCAAACAGUGGCAUUGUCAGUUAUUGUUUGCUUGUUUACUGUAUGCUCAUCCGCGUGCUCGAAAUCGUGUGUAUGUAUCGAAGAUAAGGCAACCUGUAGAACACCAAACCCAAGUACAAUAGUUCUAAGUGACACUAUUCGGGAAGUGGUUUUGCACGGCGUCAAUGCGUUGUUUCUAACUAAUAAGACAUUUUCGGAUAAACAACAAUGGGCAAAGGUACAAACGCUGGAAAUAUGGGCUAGCGGCGCAUCUCUUGGCAGUCGUGUUUUCAAAGGACUUUCCAAUCUUACCUACCUUGGCUAUCACAAUGAGCACAUGUACUUUACAAAAUAUGAUACAUUAUAUAGUUUGCACAAACUUAAAGAAUUUGACUUUUCCGGGAACAUUUUUAUUUAUGAAAGAAACUUCUCGAACAGCAUGUAUUCAGCUAGCCUGCCGCAAGUGAAUAAACUUACACUGACAGGCUUGGGUUCACGGUAUAAUAUCAUUGCGGGGGAACGUUUCUUUCAAGGCAUCGCUGGUCGCGACAUACAGAGGAAUAUUACAUACCUGGACAUGUCUAACAUCAGCUUCAGCAGUUUGGAUUUAAAAGCUUUCAUUAAGAGCGGACUCUGUAAUUCCGUCAAUGAAGUUUAUUUGAGGCAUGCUUUAUUCAAAGUCAUACAUCUUCCUGAAGAGCCUUGUUCCAGUUUAAAAGUAAUCGACAUAAGUGAUUCAAAUCUUUCGAAAACGUUUCUCAAAUGGCUAUUUGGUGCUAAAAAGAGAGUUCAAUGCCUUUUUGCAAAGUUUAACUUCAACGUUGAGGAGAUGUAUUUCAACGGCUUAGGCAAGUACAUGGUUACUCCACCAUUAUAUGAAGUUGAUUUUGAUUUAACGUCAUGUCCGUUCAAAAUCAAGAAAUUCAGCCUAGAAAAUAAUUUGAUCAAACGGUUGAACUUUACAGUUAAACUUCACAAUGACACACAGAAAACGGUGGAAUGGAUAAGUCUAUCUGGAAACAUGAUCGAAUUCCUAUCCCCUCAGUUUCUAUCGCCAUCUACGAAUCUCCAAUAUUUAGAUGUAUCAAGUAACCAGCUUCACAAGAUGCAAGUGUAUUACGAACAUACGUUUGAGCUACUUAUUAAGAACAAUACAAAGAUGAAAGUUUUGAAAUUAAACACAAAUGGUAUUAAUCGCAUUCCCUAUAACAUGUUUUUGACUAAUUCAGAAUUAGAAGUGCUGGAUCUUUCUCACAAUAACCUUUCUUCGCUAGACUUCAAAAUCGACCACUUGACAAAUCUUAAAGUGUUGAAUUUAUCCUACAAUGCGGUACAUUCCAUAGAUGUACAUACAAGGAAAUCGAUGGAAAAACUAGCAGCAGCUCCAAACUUUCUGCUAAUAGACCUAUCCAAUAUGCCUUACAUUUGCUCGUGUGAUGAUGACCACAUGGAAACGAUCGAAUGGAUUUACACAAAUCUCGACACUUUUAUUUCGAGUCCCCGUGAAGGCUAUAUGUGUACAAUGCAAGGUGAACGGUUGAACAUUUUCCAAAAUGCUUUGAAAAAUACCAAGUCAUACUGUCGAGUUCAAAACAUAAAGAGCAAACUCGCAAUUUCUCUUCCGAUAGUGUGUUUUGUUCUGCUAAUUUGCCUCGUUAUAUUCUUCAAGAUCCAAAGUUUUAGGCGAAGGCAACGGAAGAAAAAGAAUAUUAGGCAUCAAAUUGAAGUGGGAGAAUUUCCAAAGAAGUUUGUAGCUUUCUUAUCAUUUAGCGCUGAUGAUGCCGAGUUGAUCGUGAACAAAAUCUUACCGAGACUGAAUUCAGAGCUACAGAUGAAGACGGGAACUAGCCGGGUUUUGGUGUGCUCUGGGGAUCGCCAUUUUAGGCCCGGAUUUGAGCUUGGUGAGGAGAUAAUACGUUGUAUUGAAGACUCGGCAGUCAUCAUUCUAGCAGUGUCUAAACACUUCUGCCAAAAGGAAUGGUGCAGGAAAGAAGUGCAAGAAACUUACGAUCAAAAUAAACCAAUAGUACUGCUGUUUUUGGAAAGAGUUGAGCAUGCCGAGAUGGGCAAAGUUCUCCAAAAGUUGUCUGGCAGGUACGCGCAUGCGUCGUGGAUAGCAGAUUCCGAUGGCGGCCAUAUUGAGCCUGAAUGGUCUAUAUUAUGCGAUGCUCUUUUGGAUUUGACAGCUGAACAAUCGGAGAAAACCACGUUUCAAUUAAAGUGUCUUUUGUGAGUAGCUAAACAAUUGCGUAUCAACUCGAAAUAACGAACGGUACGAUGCAAUGAUAAAAUAACUUUUAUUUUACUAAAGUGAGAUACACUGACAUGUGUUAAACAUUUCUGUACGGAGUGUGCAUGCUGUUCAUUAUCAUUUAUACUGGAUUUUUCUUUCCAUAUUUUAUAGAUAAAGGUUAAUACGAACGUUUUGAUAUUGUUUCCUUUUUUGUACACGAACAUGCAGUUUUUUUUUCCAGUAUUAAAAUAAACUCUUCUUUAGGGGAAAACAUAUUCAAUACCACUAAACGUCAAGAAUUAUAAAGAUACCAAUGUAGGUCGACAAAACAUUUUUUUCCCGUCAUUGUUUUGCUAAACUUAGUAUUUUCUAACUUCACUAAGAUGUUAAAUGGUAUCGGGUUCGUGUGCGUACAUGUUCGCCUACUAACAGACAAUGCGAAUAGCGUGUUUUGUUAUACACUCUUUUAGUCUGUUAGGUUUAUGCUUAUUGUUGUCAAACGUUUACAGACUACAAUAUUUCUAUUAAAGGAAAUUAUGAGUGAUUACUGUCCUUUCAUUACGUGCACGCUUACAUGUCAAAAUGCGCAAUGGUUUAUUUUUCGAUAGCACGACAAAUUUGAUAUUUCGUCAUGUACGUGAACCGUAACAAAUCCGAACAUGUCAGAUGGAGUUUAGACAGCUGAUUUCUUUAUUCCGACGAUUCAUAACCAGUGCAUUUUCCUUUUUUAAAAUGUGAGAAUAAAAUCAUUUCAAACGGACCCAAUGCGAAUGCGAUAUGGGGCGAGCUUAUAUGUCGUUUUUAUUGAAAAGUUAACUUAAACUAAAAUAAUCGAAAUUUGCAAAAGAAUGACAGAAAUAUCAGCCUAAAAUAUACACACAAAAAAACUAAGGCACCACAAAUAACGGCCAGGCAUGUUAGUGGGAAAAAAGGCCAAGCUGUGUUGACGUUACUGACGUAACUGACACUGUGAAACACCUGCUUCAUUGUUAGCUUUGACUGAUGAGAUCACCCGAUUGUGAUGCUGUUUUAACACUGACAUUUAUUUUUCUUAUUGCUGAAAGUUCAUAAUUGUGCAUUAUUUUAAAUAGCAUAAUUCAAAUUAAACUUUAAUUUACAUUUAACAUCUGAGAUCAAGCAAAAAGUGAACUAACACCUUCCCUGCGAAAGUCAAUAAAAAUAUCUUAUAUUGUCAUUCGAUUGAUGCUUAAGUAUUGACAUAACACUACUUCUGAGUAUAUCAGUGGUUUUGCAAAUGUACGUAUAGUAACAAACAAGUUCCAGUAGACAUGAUGCAUUUUGGAAUUUAUUAUAUACCUGUUUAAUGCUUUUAACAAAAUACAGGUUGUAUCAAUCGUUGAAAUAAAAAUCCGGUAUUACGCUACUCGCUGUUUCCAAUUCCGUAUUACCAUACUAGCCGGACUACUUCGACCCAUUUAAUGACGUCACAUUACACGCACCGAAAAUAGAAAUAUUUUAUUUUACGAAAUAUAUUACGUAGUACAUCGUUUGACGUCAUUUCUGUGACAAAACACAAUAGUUUUAUCUAAACUCUGUAAGAACAUGUUGGACGUGGUGUUUUUUAACAGUAAACUAUGUGUUAAAACGUAUUUUGUAGUGUGUGUUUAUCAUGCAUAAAUGUAUAUUUCGAUAGGAAUACAAUACACUAGUGUGGUUUAAACUAAGUUUCGAUAAAGACAAGGAAGAUAGAAGUGGAAGUGCAUAUCGUUUAAACGUUUUUGUUAUAAACAUCGGAUUAAAGUUGUCAACUUAAUAUGUUAUAAGAAUUGGAUUAACGAUGGCAUUAAGGUAAGCGUGUCGGAAACCUGUGUUUUCCCGGUUCGAAUGUUUACACGUUAAUUUACAUAAACUGUAUUCAUACGCGUCUUAAAUAAACUAUG